CUAGCUUAACUACGCUCAGUAAAACACGAGCAGCUCCGGUCCUGCUCUGCUCACAACAACAAACCCGCCUUCCAGGACGGACAGAGCAGCCGGAGAGCGACGGAAACACACUUAACAUGCAGUUUUGUCAACACAUCGCUCGGUAAAGUUCCGUGUUUGUGGAUAAAAACGACUUUUAAAGGGGAGAAAAGCUCGUCGAGUCCAGAUUUUUUGGUCAACAGAAGCAGCUGUCCGGGACUGUCCGUUUCACCGUGCAUGUCUGGGAGAGCAGAGCUGCACAGAGAGGAUGAAGAUCUGUUUGCCGGUGUGAGUUCCUGCGAUGCGACCUGCUUUCCUCCAGAAGCUGAAAACAGGGCGUCAUUGACAGAGCCAGUGAUCCCUCUGAGCCGCCACCAUGGCCCUGGUUCAGGCUCUGCCCAUGUCUGCUGAGCCCCACAACGCCGGCCUCAGUGGAGGAGCUCGCAGACGACACCCCUCCGGCCCGUCGCCCCCUGUCCACCCGCCGCCCUCCACUCUGGACCCGAUGGGUUCCGUCGGCAGCCUCAUCAGCACUCGGCCCGGCCCCUACCAGGAACACCGCUCUGGCGUGGAGCUGGGAGCCCGAGGCCGCCGACCCACACCAGGAGCUUCCUGUCUGGGCUCCGAGUCGCCCCAGGACCCGCUGCUGCAGGGCGUCCCACCGCUGAAGAAGCAGAGCUCCACGACGUCCAGCAGAGGCCUGGAGAAGGAGGGCGGCAACGGGAACUAUACGUACGUCAACGAGGACUACGUAGGCGACUGGAACGAUAACCACGUGACACCGACCAGUCCAGGAAGCGACGCCGACGAGACUAAAGACGGAUCAGGGUUGAAUGGAAACCUGGGGGGGCCUCCUCCAAAACUGAUCCCAGUGUCAGGAAAACUGGAGAAGAACAUGGAGAAAUCAGUGCUGCGGCCCACUGCCUUCAAACCCGUCAUUCCCAAGAGUCGGACCUCCAUGCAGUACCUGUCCCCUCGCCACUGUGCCAAUGCAGAAAGCCAGAGCAACCUGAACCUGCUGAGCCCCGCCCACAGAGAGGCGUCGCCCUCCUGCUCCGAGAAGCGCAGCUCCUACAGCGGCGGCCGGAACGUCGGCAGUCAGUCCUGCUCGCUGUCCGACUCGGGUCGCAACUCCCUCUCCAGCCUGCCGCCUUACAACGGCGCCCCCUACAGCCUGGCGUCCGGAGAGGCGUCUGCCGGACACCUGGAGCCCGUGAAGAACGCCCCGCCGGUCAGCGCCGCCCACGGACACUCCAACUCUGACAGCGGCCGCUCGUCCUCCAGUAAGAGCACCGGAUCCGGGUCGCUGAGCGGCCGAGGGCAGCCUCUGUCGGACAGCGGCUCCAGCGGUCGCUCUCCUGGACCGGUGGACGGAUACGAAGGAGUGGUGAGGGACCUGGAGGACAAGCUGAGGGAGAGAGACCUGGAGCUGCAGCAGCUCAGAGACAACCUGGACGAGAACGAAGCUGCCAUCUGUCAGGUUUAUGAGGAGAAGCAGAAGCGCUUUGAGCUGGAGCUGGAGGAGUUGAGGCAGGGCUGUGCCACCAGGAUGCAGGUCGCCUCUCAGAAGGCCCAGCGAGCUCAGCAGGUGCUUCAGCUGCAGGUUUUCCAGCUCCAGCAGGAGAAGAAGAAGCUGCAGGAGGACUUUGCUCAGCUUCUGAAGGAGAGGGAGCAGCUGGAGGAGCGCUGCACCUCCUACGAACACGAGAAGAUCCAGCUGGGGCCUCGGCUGGAGGAGACCAAGUGGGAGGUGUGUCAGAAGUCGGGGGAAAUCUCGUUGCUGAAGCAGCAGCUGAAGGAGGUCCAGGGUGAGCUGGCUCAGCGUGUCGGGGAGAUCGUGUCGCUGCGAGGUCAGCUCAGAGAGACUCGAGGCGAACUGACCAACACCCAGGUGCAGCUCCAGGAGGCCCACGGCUCGACCCGGACACGAACCCUGGAGCUGGAGGUCUGUGAAAACGAGCUGCAGCGGCGCAAGAGCGAAGCGGAGCUGCUGAGAGAAAAGGUGGGACGUCUGGAGGGAGAGCUGGCUCACCUCAGAGACGCUCUGGCCAAUCAGGGGCCCGGAAACAGACAGUGUCAGGUGUUCCAGGAAGCCGAGGAGCAUCUGCUCGCCUACGAGAGCGACGAGGCGAAGGCCCAGCGGCAGAGCAGCUCCGAGGGGCUGCAGAACAUGAAGGUGCAGAUGGACAGGAUGAAGUCCGAGCUGGCCUUCGAGCGACAGAGGGCCGAGCAACAGACGGGAAGCUUUGAGGAGGAGAGAAAGAUCUGGCAGGAGGAGAAGGACAAAGUGAUCCGCUACCAGAAGCAGCUGCAGCAGAACUAUGUGCAGAUGUACCGCAGGAACCGAGAGCUGGAGCAGCUUCUGCAGGAGCUCAGUCUGGAGCUGGAGAGCAGAGAGGAUGACGAGGGCAGCGGCAACGAGAUCAACUUUGACGAGAUCGCUGCCACAGAAAUCUGAUCCUCACACCUGUCCUUUUUCUUUUUCAUUUGCACUACUGUCGGCUAAAUGUUUCUCCUAUGCGCCACAGAUCUGAGGUCUGGACUACGAAGCCAGAUUAGCAGGUAUGUCGAGCUUUCAGCAUUAUGAAGGAGCCUCUCUUUACCUGCUAGAUCGCCACGGUAACUGAUGCUGUGGAGAUAGAUCGCCACGGUAACUGAUGCUGUGGAGCUAACCUAGUUAUGUUCAGAGGUAUAGUGAGAGUUUAGUAAUUUAUCUUUGACUUGGCCAAAAAUUAAAGUGAUUUUCUGCGUAUGGGACAGUGUUAGACCUAAAUGCUCUGCAAGACAUCAUGUUUAAAUAUAUGAAGUUUAACAGUCAUAAUGUGCAGCUUUAAGUUAGAACUAAGCUGCAGUGAAUCAGUCAAAUGAAUACAUUAAUGCACGAUUAACAGUUCUCUAUCAGAUAUUUGCAGUAGCAGCACUUUUUUCUGUCAACAUUUUUAUAUUCUUCAUUGUUCUCCGUUAAAACAACUUGUUGCUCAGAGUUUAAAGCAGAAAACCACCUCAGUGACGCCCGUUAACUCUGACUGAGGUUUUAGUUUUUGUAGUUUUUGUUGAACCAACCUACAAAAAAAGCUCGUUUUUGUCUAACUGGCUUCGUGAUCCAGCCCUCAGCUCUCCUGUCGGUCUGCUUGUUGAAGUCUGAAACAUCAAAUCGCGCAGCUACAUUAGCUCUGCCUCAUCGGUUGGGUUCAGGAGUCUCAUUUGGAAGCCGUUGACCUCCGUUAGCAUCGACAGAGUCCUGCUCCUCUUUCACAGCUUUAGAAGUUCGUGGGGAGAUUCGUCGGGUGUGAAUAACUUCCCCAACCUUUCCAUAUCCUCUGUUGUGACUCCGCCGUCCCUGCUGGGUUUUACACUCCCACUCGGUGUUAGCAGUCAGGUCUCAUUAGUCCUGUUAAUUUGGACGGAGCCCACGCUGUUGUCGACUGACAGCAAACGUGGGAUUCAACACAUUCAGCGUGUCAUGAGAAGAGUGAGUGAAUCAGAGUCGAGUGCUGAUGGCUUCGGCUGAAGCCAACAAGUAAACUAAAUCUCUACUAAAUUAACAGGAGUAGGGAGAUAAAUUAGAAUUUUUCAGCAAUAUAUGGCACAAAUGUGAUGUUUCUGGACUCCAGUCUUUGGGUCCAGCUCCAGAAAAACAAAGUUUAGGCCUCCUUAAAGGUGAAGUAUUCAAUUCUAAUCUAAUUUACGUCAAAUUCAACAAAUAUAUUCUGUCGGUCUGCUAGCUGUUUGUACGAUGAGGAAAAGUCUGAUGUUGGUGCACAGUUCCGGCUCUGCAGAUGGGAACAGGGCACAUACUAACUCGCUAAAUAAGCGAAAUCAACAGUGUUUCUCCACCUUUAAAUCACGAUUUCAUUUUCUAUAUUCCUAAACAAAUACAGGGUGUUGGUGCAGUCUAAUGAACAGUGAUGAAACACUAAUAACACCUUACAUUCAGUGCACAUGUCAGCUUUUCUCUCGCACACAAACAUUUCUGCAGCACUUUUAAAACAAGUGUCAAACUAUUGUCUGAUGUCAGAACGUUAAUAUCCUGGCUAUUAACAGAGUAAAUAAUCUGUACAUCAGACAUUUUAUUUUGAAAAGCACAGCUGUGAAUAAUAUUAAUAAUGGCUGAAUUGCUCAAUGUAUAGUUGUGUAACACUGUUUAAGGUAUUUUUACGUACCUUUCAUAGAGGUGGGAGAAAAACCAGAGAAGUUAACUACAUUUAGUCAGAAUGCUGCAGUACAGGGUCACAUUUUUCUGCACUAUGGCCGUCAAACUGCUGAGAGGAAAUUAGCCCUCAUUAACUUAAUUAUUCACAACUGUGCUUUUCCUGCUUGAAAUGUCGUCUGUUAAAAAGGCCCACUGGGAAACACGUUUAUUUAUUUUUCUCUGUAAAGACGAGUUAGCAUGGUUUUCUGGGGGCGUUCUGCUUUACAUUCCUCUGAUCCAGUUUCUAAAAACACUCUGCAGGUGCUACAGAAGUGGGAGAUGAUGUGAAACCUGAUGCUUUUAUCGCUCAUUAUUCAUUUUACGGGAUCCAGCUGCUGGUCGGGAGAACAGCUGCUGCCGUCCGAUCUGUGGAUGCGUCCAGCUGUUCCUGUUUGAACCUGCUGUCCUUCUGUGACAGACGUGUUUAUUUGUUUAUUUAGGAGUUGAGGAGUGCAGACAGUGAAAGCAGCAUGCUACUGCUGCAUGUCGUCAGUGUUAAAGGCAUUAAAAACGGAUCAGUUACAGCUAAAUGUAGCCUCGGCUACGUCUGUCUCAGUGAAAGCUGCUGAACCAGCUCCUCUAGUUUUUUGUCUUGGUGCAUAUUUGGUACCUGACAGACUUUUUAUAGAGUCUACCAGCUGCGUGUAUCAUAGAGCAGCUCUUGGUUUCAGUGUCAUACAAAGUCACAACUGUAAAAGCUGCUCUAUGACACAGUAGCUUAUUAGUUUGUUCUCCCUCAGCUGCGUCUGUCAGGCACAAGUGAGAAAGACAGAAAACUGGAGGAGCUGGUUCAGCAGCUGUAUGGCUUCAGCUCUGGAAUGACACGGAUGUCGUUGUGCUGUUUGUUUUAGAUGGCUGUAGUGUGUCUGAGAGCUGCAGGACUCCUCAAUAAACACAUCUGUCACAGAAGGACAGCAGGUUCAAGUGGGAACAGCUGGACGAGUCCACAGACUGAACCACAGCAGCAGCCAAAGUCCGAACAGGGACCAUAUAACCAGGAAAAGCUGCAGCUGGACGCUGUUGGAGUUUUCAAAACGAGUAAUAAGUGAUAAAAACAUCAUGUAAAAUGUCACAUCAGUGUUUCUUUAAGUUAGGCGGGACCAGAGGGAAUGUAAACUAAUCCACAGAAAUCGUCUCACAGUGACCUUUGAGGCAGGGGGCUGUAGUUUGUGGCUACUCCAGCAUAUUUACUACCUAAACAAUGAAGGUAUUUUAUCAUGUUAACCUUCCACGGAUGUGCAACACUGUCUGCAUGAGGAAAACUACGACACUUUGAUGCCUGUUUGAUGCAUUUAGCAAUGGUUGGUUUGUCAGAGUGGAACUGUAGAGACGAAAUAGGCUACAGCAGCGAGGAAGAGUCUGAUGCCCCUGAUCACAGACAAAUUAAAGGGUUACUUACUUGCUUGUUUGUUUUUCUGAUCAUGCAGAGGUGCAAAAGAAAGAGCAAAAAUGUUUCCUGAUUUGAAAACGGUGCAGAUUUUGGACUCACUGAUUACAGCACAGUCCUUUCUUGCUCUUAAAAACUCAGAGAUAUUAAAGCUAGAAUGCAGGAUUUUUACACAUAAACGAACAUCCACUGCAUUAUUGUGAUUAAGCUGAUCAGUGCUAGCUAAAUCUCUCUAUACUUAGCAGUACGUUAGAGUUUAAAUCUACCGUCUGCAGCAACGUCUUUUACAUGAACAGAAAUGAUUGAAGCAACUAGAAUUAAGGUGGAACUGUCUAUUAAGAGUCCAAGAGAAGUUUCUUAAUGCUCCGGAUAAUGAAGAAACUCAGUAUUAGGCACAAGCUGUAAGCGUGUUUCGACAGCGUUUGUGUACUUCCACUCAUUACCAGAAGGGGGAGACGAGUUUAGAGGCAGAGCAGAGACACUAUGACCAAAUGUAAAAUGCAUUUAGCCUCACAGUAGAGCCUCAUAUCACCUGCACCAGCUGGGUUUAAGUUGAGUUUCCAGCAAAGUAAAUACAGCUCAGAAGUGUUUCACAGCACUAAAGCACACCCACGGUUGUUUUUUUAUCUCCUAAUCAGAGGAAACAGUAGCUGGUUGAUUGUCAUGUGGGCGAGGCUUUGUUAAGAUUCGUGCACUGAACGAUGUUUUUGGUGUAAAACUACUCUGACCUUUAAAGUAUAGAACCUGUUUUGUGUAUAUUUGCUUCCCUGUACAACACAACGAGACACUUUUUUUGUUCCUCUUCUUACUGCUGAUUGAAGUCCUGUCCUCUGUAAAUAACCCGCCUCCAACACGCGUGUUAAAUCUUCCAGAAACACAAACAUAGCCACUGUGAAUAGACCAAAGCAAUGUCGCACACGUUCUAUUUUGCUCCUGCAGAUACGACGCCUGUAUAUUAACGUUUGUGUGGAUGUUUGUUCCGGUUCCUCAGUAUAAUUUUAUAAUCCACGAUAUUUGUAUGAAGACAUUAAAUGUAUAUUUUCAUGCUGUACAUUUCUUGAAAAAAACCCCACUAUGGUUUUAAUUAAAAUAAAACAAAACUUAAACAGC